GUGACAAAAGUGGGGACAGGUUUGGGGGUCAGCGGGGGACACGGGGGACAGGGCUGAGGGGACACAAAUGGGGGACAAAGUGACACAAAGCUGGGGACACGAGCACAGCACACCACAAGACAUGGGUGACACGGGAGGGGACACAACGUGACACGGGUGACACAGGAGGGGACACAACAAGACACGGGUGACACAGUUGGGGACACAAGCAGACAGAAGUGGGAACAAAUUUGGGGUUAGAGUGACACAAAAAAGGACACAAGGAGAGAGGGACGGGGACAAAAGUGGGGACACGGUGACGCACAACCGAGAGCACAACCAUGGUGCCGCCGCGCAAAAACGGGGACAAAAUGGUGACAAAACGGGGGGACAACAACGCCAGGGCACAACAGGCAUGGCCGGGUGUAGCAGGGGGUGUGGGGGGGGUUCAGGUGUCACCGCGCCCUCAGUGUCACCUUGUGUGGCGUUGUCACCGGGGGGGGGUGUGUGGUGUGUCCGGCUGUGCCACGUGAGGCUGUCACACCGUGUCACAUUUGUGUCACAUUUGUCACACAUGUCAGUUUGUGUCCAGCUGUGCUGUGAGGGGCUGUGUCAGGUUGUACUUUUGGGUUGUACCUCAGACUGUGUCACAUUUGUCAUAUGUUGUGUUACAUUUGUCACAUUUUGUGUCACAUUUUGUGUCCGACUGUUGUGUGGGGCUGUGUCAGGUUGUACUUUUGGGUUGUACCUCAGACUGUGUCACAUUUUGUGUCACAUUCUGUGUCCAGCUGUUGUGUGGGGCUGGCUGUGUCAGGUUGUACUUUUGGGCUGUACCUCAGACUGUCAUAUUUUAUGUGAGACUUGCCACAUUUUGUGUCACAUUUUGUGUCCGACUGUUGUGUGGCGCUGUGUCAGGUUGUACCUUUGGGUUGUACCUCAGACUGUUGCAUUUUAUGUCAGAUUUGUCACAUUUUGUGUCACAUUUUGUGUCCGACUGUUGUGUGGCGCUGUGUCAGGUUGUACCUUUGGGUUGUACCUCAGACUGUGUCACAUUUUGUGUCCGACUGUGCCGUGUGGGGCUGUCACAUUGUGUCACACCCCCAAAAUCCCCCCCGCUCCCCAAAUUUCUCCUUCUCUGCCCCCAAAUCCCCCCCACAAACACCAUUUUCCUUCCCCCCAAUCCCCUCUCUGCCGUUCUCCCCCCAAAUUCCCUUUUCUCGCUGUAAUUGUCCCCAAAACCUCCUGCUCCUCCUGGAUACCCCUCCCUGCCCUCCAAACACCAAAAUUCUCCUUUUUUUCCGUCCCUUUAUGGCCCCUAUUCCUUCCUUUCCCUCCAAAACUCUCCUCAAACAUUCUUUUACUGCUCCAAUUGUCCCCCCAAAUCCCCCUAAAUCCCCCUCCUUGUCUGCAAUUGCCCCCCAAACGCUCCUGCCUCUCCAAAUUCCCCUUUCCUACCCCAAUUACAACCGCACACCCCUCCUGCUCUGCCAACAACCUUCAAGCCCUUAAUUGCGCCCCCAACCUCUCCUGCCCCCUCAAAUUCCUUUUCCCGCUCCUAAAAUACUCCUCCAAUCCCACUGCGCCUCGCCCAGCCCCUUCCCCAGCACCCCUCCGGAACAGGCCCCAAAGCCUCGGCCUUUCCCAGCCGCCCCAGCCGGGUCGGGAGCGCCGGGAGCGGCCGGGCCGGGCGGGCGAGGCCGGGGCUGCGCAGGCCGCGGCUGGAGCGGUGCUUCGCCCAUUUCCGGCACCGUCCGCCUUUGCUUCGGCAUCUUUCGUCGGAUAUUCGGCCGUUUCCGGCAUCUUCCGCUCAUGCUUCGGCAACAUCCGCCAAUGCUUCGGCCAGUUCCGUCUCUUUCCGUCAACGUUCGGGCACCGCCGGUUAACUUCGAUCAUUUCCGUUACUCUCCGGAGGCCCUUCGGCGAUCCCCGCCCACUUCCGGCAGUACUUCGGAAAUCUCCGCCAAUCUCCGCCAGCUUCUGAGGUCACUUCGUCAACCUCCCUCCGCCCCCGCGAUCUCUCGGCUCUCGCGCUCGGCGGGGGCGGUGCUUUUAAAAUAAAUUAUUCAUGAGCCGAUCCCACCGAGCUGGAAGUUGGGGGUCCGACGACGGCGCGUCCCGUGAGGGCCUCACGGAGCAGCCGCCGACUCCCUGCCCCUUCCCCGCUCCUCGCUCGCCUCACGGACCGUGACGGGACUCGCGUCUCCCUUUCCUUCCCGCCGCUUUUUUCCCGCGCCUCCCCCUUUUUUCCUGUGAGGUGCUUGGUACGCUCCGGCCACGCCCCCUCCGGCGGCGCGCGGGGGCCGAGUCUAUAUAAUGUGGCGCCGAUGCCUCACAGCGCUCAGUCGCGCCUUGAGCGCGGAGCGGCCGGAGAGGAAAAGGGGAAGCUCCGCGCCUAGGGCUCCGUGAGGCGCCGGUUCCCCGGUGGGGUUAAAGCUCCCCGCUCUCUCAACCCUUCCGUGAAGGGGUCGGUUCCGAGCAGUCGGAGCGGCGCGAGGCCGCGGCCCCACCGGCGCCAUGCACGGCGGGCCGCCCUCGGGCGACAGCGCCUGCCCGCUGCGCACCAUCAAACGAGUCCAGUUCGGGAUCCUCAGCCCCGAUGAGAUGGUACCGGGGCCGGGGCGGCGCGGACGGAACCGCGGGGCCCGCGGCGGGAGCGGGGCCGGCGGCUGAGGGCGAGCGGCGGCGGGAAAUGGCGCCGGGGCAGCGAGAGCGGGGAGCGGAGAGGCCCCGUGAGGGGACAGCGCCCCCCACAGGCCCGGGGGGCUGAAUGGGGGAGAGGGGAGAGCCCGGAGGGAAAUUUGGGGGGUCCUCAGGGGGUUCGAGGACACAAACGAGGUUCUGGAAGGUGUUGGGAUGCCCAGGGAGGCUCUGGAAGAGCUUUGGGGUGUCCGAGAGUGGCUCAGAAUCCCCUGGCAGCGUUUUGGCGUCCCUAGGAGUGGCUCAGGGAGCCUCGGGAUGAGUUUUGGGGUCCCUGGGGGUGCCCAGGAGGCCUCGGGAAAAGUAUUGGGGUGCCUUGGAGGGGUUUUAGGGUGUCCUGGAGGCGCUUUGGGUCUCUGGAGGUGUUUGUGGGGGCCUUGGAAGAGCUUCAGGCUGCUGUGAAGGAGACUAGGGGUGCCUGGAGGUUUUUAGGGGAAUUCUGGAGAGAUUUUGGGGUCCCUGGAAGUUGUUCAGACAGCCCAGGAGGGAUUUUGGGGUGAUUGAAGUGUUCAUUGUCACCCGAGGGGGUCACUUGGGGUACCCCCACCCGUUUUGGGUUUUUGAGGGGAGCUUGUGGAUGCGUUUGGGGGUCCCCAUGUGCCUCAGUUUCCC